CUCGCGCGGCUUCCCGCUUCCGGCUCCCAGCUGCUAGCUACUGUGGAUUCGGGGAGGCCGGGCGGAGGCGUCGGAGGCGGCUGCGAGAGUGGCGGAGGAGCUGGCGGAGAGCGGCAGAGGAGCUGGCGGAGAGCGGCCUGCGCGCGAUCGGGCCGAGGAAAUGGAGCGAGAACGUCUUCUUGGAUAACGAGCUGCUGACCUCCAAGAUCCUGUCUGUGCUGCGGCCGCAGUCGGAGCGGGGCUUCCGCGCCGGGGACCUCCGCUACCCGACCCACUUUCUCAGCACCAACUCUGUCCUUGCCUCUGUCACAGCCUCGCUCAAGGAGCACCCCCGGGGCACCCUCCUGUCCGAUGGCAGCCCGGCCCUGUCCAGGAAUGUCGGUAUGACGGUCUCUCAGAAAGGGGGUCCCCAGCCAACACCGAGCCCGGCUGGCCCUGGGACGCAACUCGGACCAAUCACAGGAGAGAUGGAUGAAGCCGAUUCUGCAUUUUUAAAAUUUAAGCAGACAGCUGAUGACUCUCUGUCCCUUACAUCUCCAAACACCGAGUCCAUUUUUGUAGAAGAUCCCUACACCGCCUCGCUGAGGAGUGAGAUUGAGUCAGAUGGCCACGAGUUUGAAGCUGAGUCCUGGAGCCUCGCCGUGGAUGCAGCCUACGCCAAGAAGCAAAAGAGGGAGGUGGUGAAAAGACAAGAUGUCCUUUAUGAGCUGAUGCAGACGGAGGUGCACCACGUGCGGACGCUCAAGAUCAUGCUGAAGGUGUACUCCAGGGCCCUGCAGGAAGAGCUGCAGUUCAGCAGCAAGGCCAUUGGCCGCCUCUUCCCAUGCGCUGACGACCUGCUGGAGACGCACAGCCACUUCCUCGCUCGGCUCAAGGAGCGCCGCCAGGAGUCCCUGGAGGAGGGCAGUGACCGGAAUUAUGUCAUGCAGAAAAUCGGCGACCUCCUGGUUCAGCAGUUUUCAGGUGAAAAUGGGGAGAGAAUGAAAGAAAAGUACGGUGUGUUUUGUAGUGGCCACAAUGAAGCUGUUAGUCAUUACAAGUUGCUGCUUCAGCAAAACAAGAAAUUUCAAAACUUGAUCAAGAAAAUUGGUAACUUCUCCAUCGUGCGGCGGCUUGGCGUGCAGGAGUGCAUUCUCCUGGUUACACAGCGCAUAACCAAAUACCCAGUGCUGGUGGAGCGCAUCAUCCAGAACACGGAAGCUGGCACUGAGGACUAUAAAGACCUGACCCAGGCCUUGAACCUCAUCAAAGAUAUCAUCUCACAAGUGGAUGCCAAGGUCAGUGAGUGUGAGAAGGGCCAGCGCCUCAGGGAGAUCGCAGGGAAGAUGGACCUGAAGUCCUCCAGCAAACUCAAGAAUGGGCUCACCUUCCGCAAGGAAGACAUGCUUCAGCGGCAGCUCCACCUGGAGGGCAUGCUAUGCUGGAAGACCACAUCAGGGCGCUUGAAAGAUGUCCUGGCCAUCCUGCUGACCGACGUACUUUUGCUGCUACAAGAAAAAGAUCAGAAAUAUGUCUUUGCUUCUGUGGACUCAAAGCCACCCGUCAUCUCGUUACAAAAGCUCAUCGUGAGGGAAGUGGCCAACGAGGAGAAAGCGAUGUUUCUGAUCAGCGCCUCCUUGCAAGGGCCGGAGAUGUAUGAAAUCUACACGAGCUCCAAAGAGGACAGGAACGCCUGGAUGGCCCACAUCCAAAGGGCUGUGGAGAGCUGCCCUGACGAGGAGGAGGGGCCCUUCAGCCUGCCCGAAGAGGAAAGGAAGGUGGUCGAGGCCCGCACCACGAGACUCCGGGACUUUCAAGAGCGGUUGAGCAUGAAAGACCAGCUGAUCGCACAGAGCCUCCUAGAGAAACAGCAGAUCUACCUGGAGAUGGCCGAGAUGGGCGGCCUCGCAGACCUGCCCCAGCCCCGAGGCCUAUUCCGUGGAGGGGACCCAUCCGAGACCCUGCAGGGGGAGCUAAUUCUCAAGUCGGCCAUGAGCGAGAUCGAGGGCAUCCAGAGCCUGAUCUGCAGGCGGCUGGGCAGCGCCAACGGCCAGGCGGAAGAUGGAGGCAGCUCCACAGGCCCACCCAGGAGGGCUGAGACCUUCGCGGGCUACGACUGCACAAACAGCCCCACCAAGAAUGGCAGUUUCAAGAAGAAAGUCAGCAGCACUGACCCCAGGCCCCGAGACUGGCGAGGCCCCCUAAACAGCCCGGACUUGAAGCUCAGUGACAGUGACAUUCCUGGGAGCUCUGAGGAAUCGCCGCAGGUGGUGGAGGCGCCAGGCACGGAAUCCGAUCCCCGUCUGCCCACCGUUCUGGAGUCGGAGCUUGUCCAGCGGAUCCAGACACUGUCCCAGCUGCUCCUGAACCUUCAGGCGGUAAUCGCCCACCAGGACAGCUAUGUGGAGACGCAGCGGGCUGCCAUCCAGGAGCGGGAGAAGCAGUUCCGGCUGCAGUCGACGCGUGGGAACCUGCUGCUGGAGCAGGAGCGGCAACGCAACUUCGAGAAGCAGCGGGAGGAGCGCGCGGCCCUGGAGAAGCUGCAGAGCCAGCUGCGGCAGGAGCAGCAGCGCUGGGAGCGCGAGCGCCAGCGGCAGCACCAGGAGCUGGAGCGUGCGGGCGCGCGGCUGCAGGAGCGCGAGGGCGAGGCGCGGCAGCUACGCGAGCGGCUGGAGCAGGAGCGGGCCGAGCUGGAGCGCCAGCGCCAGGCCUACCAGCACGACCUGGAGCGGCUGCGCGAGGCCCAGCGUGCCGUGGAGCGCGAGCGGGAGCGCCUGGAGCUGCUGCGCCGCCUCAAGAAGCAGAACACCGCGCCAGGCGCGCUGCCGCCCGACACACUGGCCGAGGCCCAGCCCCCAAGCCACCCUCCCAGCUUCAACGGGGAAGGGCUGGAGGGCCCUCGGGUGAGCAUGCUGCCAUCCGGCGUGGGGCCAGAGUACGCAGAGCGCCCCGAGGUGGCUCGCCGGGACAGCGCCCCCACCGAGAGCCGGCUGGCCAAGAGCGAUGUGCCCAUCCAGCUGCUCAGCGCCACCAACCAGUUCCAGAGGCAGGCGGCCGUGCAGCAGCAGAUCCCCACCAAGCUGGCGGCCUCCACCAAGGGUGGCAAGGACAAGGGCGGCAAGAGCAGGGGCUCUCAGCGCUGGGAGAGCUCAGCGUCCUUCGACCUGAAGCAGCAGCUGCUGCUCAACAAGCUCAUGGGGAAAGAUGAGAGCACCUCACGGAACCGCCGCUCGCUGAGCCCUAUCCUGCCCGGCAGACACAGCCCUGCGCCCCCACCAGACCCUGGCUUCCCCGCCCCGAGCCCACCACCAGCUGACAGCCCCUCCGAGGGCUUCUCUCUCAAGGCCGGGGGCACAGCCCUCCUGCCCGGGCCCCCAGCUCCCUCGCCACUGCCGGCCACACCACUCAGCGCCAAGGAGGACGCCAGCAAAGAAGACGUCAUCUUCUUCUAAAAGGGCCGUGACUCAAGGUGCAAGGCCCCUCCCUGCCCUGCCCACCCUUCCUGCUCUCUGGGGACCCCCAUGGGGUCACCAUGCCCACCCAGCUGUCCCCUCCUCUUCCCUAGCAAACCACCGAUGACCGCCUGGCAGGGGCCAGCCUGUCGGCGCUCUGGGCCUCGCAGCUGUUUCUGUAGGGUUAGCGGUGGUGCCGGGGUCACUUUCUGAAUCUCUUUUUUUUUUUUUUUUUUCAAAAAGGAAAGUUUUUAAUGGAAAGUUGAGCCAGAACUAAACCAGGGAGCUGUCUGAAAUCAUAGCACCCCAUCCGGGUGGCGGGGAGAUCAACUCCGAGCUGUUUUUCCGAGGCAGUGAGGAACGGUGCCGGCUCUGCACGGAGCUGAGGACAGGACAGACCUUGCUUUGAGAAGGAGCUGCCGGCCAGGGCCACGCUCCACAGCCGCCGCGUGACAGUGGAGCCAAGGGUUAGGGCACCAGGAGGGGCCAGGUGGCAUCGGCAGCAUCUGUCCCCAGAAUCAGGCAGAAUCCACUUCCCAAACAGAGCCCCACGCAGGUUCACCACGAACCUCAGGGCCAGGGAAUGAGCCAGGCACGGGGGCAUGGGCAGAGAGGGCCACGGGGCAGGGCCCACUGAGGGAACAUCAGUGGCCCUCCAGUCAGGUUCUGUGGGUUUGGAAGCCCAUCGUGAAAGGGGCUGACCUUUGCCCCUUUUUACUUGGCAUUGGUUUUGAAACCAGCUGUUUCCCAAACUCUGCUUCCCAAGGGCAACCGUUGCUGUUCACACGCUCAGCCUGUCUGGGGGAGCGGGCCUCUAGCUUCAGCCAGGGCGGGUACACACCCUGGGCACAGGGUCCUCAGCCCCCGGGAAAUGAGCUCCCAGGGCUGGCGUCCCACCUUCCAGGUGGGGCUGGCACAUCACAGACUGUCGAGAGCGCCAUGUCCCAGGGCAUGCAGAGGAAGCACCUAGAGACGUUGCAGCAAGUGGACAAGUGGCCGCUGGGCGGGCCCCUCGCUUGUAGUGAGUUGUUGCAGCUCCCGGUCCGUCCCCUGGAGGGGUGGAGGACGGAGGUGUCGGGCAGCAUCAAAGGUGCUGGGACAUCCCAGGGUGGCGAGAUCCAUCCAUGAUCCGGCUCCGGUGGAGAAAGGGCCCAUGUCAAGCCUUGUUCUGCACCCAAGCAUUGGUGGCAGGACUGGGUCCUGGCUGAUCGUCCCUGUUCCCAGUGGGGUACACGUGAGCCCCUGCCAGGGCCAAGUCCUUCUCCCGAACCCAGGGUCCUGGGAACCGCAGAUCCCGGGGGGAUUCAGCCCUUCUCCCACUGCGCUGGCAGAGGCAAUCCUGUGACGCUGAAUACAGUGAACGGGGACAUUCCCGCCACUCGGGGACAGACGGGCACAGGGGAGGGGAAACUCCAUCAGGAAGUGCUCCCCUGGGCAGAGGCGCCCACUGGGUGCUGUGGGCUCAGGAGGGGGCGGGGCAGGAGCUGGGGGCGGGGCAGGAGCUGGUGCCAACCGGGAACCAGAGCCCCACAGCCAUACAGCCCAUCGGUGACAAGGUCCUGAGAACACAGUGAGUGGCCAGGUGUCCCCAGGCUCCUGGCCCCUCCGACGACCUCAACUCUGCCCAGCCCGGUCCCUGGCCAUCAGCGACGCUGUCCGCCCCCGUCAGGUCCCAUGUGUGCCAUGUUGAUCAUCAGUGUUUUGUAUUUUUGUACUGAGUAUCGGAGCACUUUACAAAAGCUGACUGUACGUUCCUGUUCUGUUGUGACGAGAACAUUCCCAGACCCUGGCACCCUCCUGAGCCGGCGUGUGCCGGUCCAGCCCUCCAAGAUGCCACAAUUCCUUGGAUGGGGGAGAAGUUCAAGGAAUUUCUGCUCGGCCACGCGGUGGGAACCCCGCGUCCCCGCCAUGUGGCAGAGGGGUCUCAGUCGUGCUAGGCAUCGGGCGGCAGCGCCGACAGCCCUUCCCUCGCCAGUGCCCCUCGGCCACUCCUGGGUUGGAGCCCGAUUUUAUUUGUAAAGUUGACAGUCGAGCAUAUGUCCGUAUUUUCGUGGGAUCUGCACACGUCUUUGUCAGUUGUGGUCAUGAUCUUAGUCGCCUGCUAAUUAUUUUUACAAUGAUUACAACAUUUCCUCACCGCGGGGUAGUUCUGACCCGCUUUAGAACUUAAGACCUGAUUCUAGCAAUAAACGUGUCCGAGAUGA